AUAGUAGGGAAUUUGUAUAUUUCAAAGGUAGCGUUCGAACUAGUAGUAACGGAAAAUAUUUAAAUAUCUUAUAAUUUCGAAUUUUAUUCUGCAUAUAUUUUUAAUCAGCAAAAAUCUAUUAAUUUUUGUUUGACUAUAUUUUAUUUUAAACAUGGAAUUUGGUGAUGUAUACUCCCUGAUUUUGGUUAUAUUAUUAUUUAUACUUACUAUUAAUUUUCUAAUGAUGAAAGAUCUCUACGCUACAAUUCAAAAGAAAACAAUGAUACCGGAAACAAAGAAAAUAUAUUUUAAGGAUGAUGAAAUAGAAAAAAGGAAUUUAAGAGAUGAAAUAUUUUACCGUUACUUUAAUCCAUAUAGUUGUAAUAGUUUAACUAGAUACAGAGCAAUGUUGAAUUGCCAUUAUGAAAUAAAUAAAUUGAAAGGUCAAGAAAAAAAGGACAUGCAAGCAAAAAUCGAUAGCAUGGUUGAAAAUCAUAAUCAAUUUCAAUAAUAAAAUGAUCAAUUUUUUAACACUCAAUUUGUAUGUCUUAAUGACAAUUA